AUGAGACGAGAAGAUGAGGAGUUUGAUGAAGAAGAUGAAGCAUGGCGCAACAAACAAUAUGUGGCAGCCAUGGUGUGUCAACCAACUGAGGAACAACCUCAAUGUGGUGGCUCUGUUGCUGGUCGCUUUUACAAACCACGAAACAGAGCGAUGACGCAUGCCAAUCUAAUGAACAACUACUUCAACCCCAACUCGAUGUACACAGAAGAUGAUUUCAGACGUCGUUUUAGGAUGAGGCGUCAUGUCUUCAAGCGUGUACUUUAUGAUGUCCAUCAUGUCAACCCAUAUUUUCAACAGAAGCUGGACAGACUUUACAAAGAAGAGUACCUCCGGAAGCCAAAUCAAGAAUAUAUGGAUCGGCUCUUUCACAAAGCUAAAGACCGUGGGUUUCCGGGCAUCAUAGGGUCAUUAGACUGCAUGCAUUGGAAUUGGAAGAAUUAUCCCAUCGGAUGGCAAUGA